AUGCCCUGUAACUGUUUUGGUAAGAAGGAUAAAAAAGGCGGUGUGGUAGCUGAGGAGAAGUACCGUCCCCGGGACUCAAAGUCUCGCGAGCGUGAGCCUUUGUCGGCGGCCGCCCCUGCCCCGGCCCCGGCGCCCGCCACCCCGCCGCCCGCGCCCGUCACGCCCACUGCUGGCGGGGAUGCGCGCCUCCGCCCAGAAGACGACCCGGAUAAAGCCAAUCGACGACGAGAUGUGGUGGCGUCCUUCUACAGCGACCAGUGUGAGUUGAUAGGCUUUAAGGCGACUGGAUCUCGUCCUCCCUCCACACACGUAGGCUGUGCUGUGGACGGCCCCGCCGCCACAUCCUCCCCUGCAGCGUCUUCGCCAGGCUCUGCGCGCUCCGCCGCCUCCUGUCGCGCCGAUUUGGCCGAGAAACGACGAGAGUUCUUCAAACAGCUGACGGUGGAUGAGGACGACUGUUCACGCGGGGGUUCACGGCCUACAUCGCGCCUAACAGACCCGGGGUCACACACUACGCCCCGCCACUCUCACUACCAGGACCACUUCCACCACCACUCUCUUCCACACCCACCUAAACCCGCCCCCAGGACCAUCAAGUACUCUCUUCCAAACACUUCUUCGGCCUCCGAGGACACCCAGCCUUUACUGCAGCCCUCAGACCAACACACACCAGAAAUCAACGACAAGCCAACUACCAAGCAAACCACCGAAGAUAUUCCACUGCUAUCAGUAGAUGAACCUGACCAGUCGAGGAAGCCUGGAGGAGGAGAGAGUCCAGAUGUAGACCAGACCUUUGAGACAAGUUCACCUCUACCUCACAAUCAACCAUCGGGAAUUCCAGGGGAGCCUUUGCUGCAAGUUUCCCCAGAGAGUGAACAUUUGUUGGUAGAUUUCUCAGUGUCCUCUCAUGGCCCAGAGAAGUUUGUUGACGAGUUCUUCACGGACACCACGCCACUCAUUCAAGAUUCACCAAUUGAGGAUAAUUCACAGGUGCCUGUAAGUGUGUCGUCCAGUCCAGUGGUGGACGACUUACCUUUGUCUGUUAGUUCACAAGUGCCUGUAAGUGUGCCUUCUCCAGUGAUUGAAGAUUUACCACCGUAUGAUGGUUCACAAGUGCUUGUCAGUGUGCCUUUUCCAAGGGUGGAAGAUUUACUAUCGUUUGACAAUUCACAAGUGUUAGUAAAUGUGUCUCCUACGGUGGUCGAAGAUAUACCACUGUCUGAUAGUUCACAAGUGCUUAUUAGUAGUGCAUCUUCUCCACUAGUAGAGGACUUACCAACGUCUGCUAGUUCACAAGUGCUUGUAAGUGAGGCUGCUCCUGAAAGUCCAGAAACGUUUGUUGUUGUAACAGCCCCAGAAAAUUCAGAGUUAACCAUCGAGCAGCUACAAUACUUCCAGCAAUUUUCCGUUCCGUCCGAUGACGAACGUGUCGCGGAAGGAUCCUGUAUCCUUAUAAACGAGGCGUUUCCUGCAGGAUCUCAAGAUCCUACAGAAACACUCGCCCUACAGCGUAACCACCCAAAUAAAGAUAUCACCCAAGGGACACCCCAGCCACUACCACAUGAUGAGCCUUGUUCUGAUGUUUCGUCUGUUGUUGAAGAUGAACCUUCCCAGAGAAGUGGCCACCGUGUCCAAGAAUCUACUACUAUGUGCACAGAUGAAGUCCACCAAGAAGUUCCUAAGCCCAUUAUCCUUGAGAAUUCACAGCAGAAUGUAGAGCAGGUCGUGGCAGAAACUCCCAACGAGCCUAGAGCUUCACCUGUGGAAGCACGAGCACAGCCCGAAGCAGAGGAGACAGUCCUGAACCAUCACCAAGAACAAGUGCCCCAGUCUUUACCACCUUCCGUAGAUCCAUCUUUCCUGACCUCUGCCGAAGAACCGGAAGAAUUGCCCCCAGAUCAGCCUAUUCACCAGUCCGCACCUCAUCCUGUUGAGAAACCCGUGCCCAAACAACGUUCUCAGCUCCCAGGAGAACCUAUACUUCAGCUUGAGGAAGUGAGGUCCACGGUGGAGAUAGUGGAUUGUAUCCCAAAAGUACAACCCGUGGAUUCAACACCACCACAAUCGACCGCUUCGGAACACGAGAAAACUGACCGUGUCUCGGUGCCCCUGUUCAUGACAGUGGCCACUGAGCAAGACGACGAAACGCCUCUACCGCCCGCCCCACCCACCCCUCCCGUGGAAGACGAACCUUUACCCCCGCCACCACCCACUCCACCUCUGAAGCAUGAACCUUUGCCACCCGCACCACCCACCCCGCCCAUCUCGUCAGAGCCUCGUCUUCCCCCAGUGACGUGCAGCGUGGGCUUGGUGUCGUCGUCGCCGGUGCUGGAGGACGACGGGUUGGGGUCUGAGAUCGACGACGCGCUAAGCUCACUCGAGUGCCUCAGCGAAGAAGGUAACAACAACAACAACAACAGCAGCGAGCGUGCGGCGGCCUCCUCCUAG